UGCCUGUAACAUCGCAAAGUGUUAUAAUUAUCAAAAGUGAAACCCAAAGUUUUACUGUGUACAGUGCAAAAACCAAUAGUCAAAGAAAAUGCCUGUCGUUCCGAUUCUGUUUCGCGAUUGGUGGGAUGACUGUUUGGAUACGCCGCUGCGUACAUCCCGAGUCCUGGACCAGCACUUUGGCAGUGGAAUCACCGCUGACGAUUUGCUGACGGCCCUUACUACGGCAGCUGCAGCACAAUCGGCCAUGCAAAACCAAAGAAAAUGUCUCUAUAGUCGACCGUGGCGCAAUUCCAGCCUAGCGUCUCGUCAAGAUUCCGGAUCGACGGUCAACGUUGCUAGUGACAAAUUCCAAAUCAACUUGGAUGUGCAACAAUUCUCACCAGAGGAGAUUUCAGUCCAGGCCACCGACAACAGCAUCAUCGUUGAAGGCAAGCACGAAGAGAAACAGGAUGAACAUGGAUGCAUCUCGAGACAUUUUGUACGUCGUUACGUGCUUCCGGCAGGGCACGAUGCCAACCAAAUAGUUUCAAGGCUCUCGUCGGAUGGUAUUUUGACGGUCAGCGCUCCGAAGAAAGCUCUCCCCGAACAGGAAGGUCCCAGGACAAUCCAAAUCGUUCAGACAGGUCAACCGAUGAAGAAACUGACGGAGAAAGCUGAAUCCCAGACGAAUGGCAAUGUAACCGAGGAAGCCAAAUGAAAAUAAUAGCAAGAUUAAGGUAUUCUUGAAUA